CCCCAGCCUCCUUCCUGGACACGCAGCCCGAGAACGAGCAUCCUCCGAGGAAACGGGCCCGGGGCUGCUCGGCGGGCCUGGGCCCGGACACCGAAGACCCCUUCGGCGAGCAUGGGGAACUGACGGCCGACGAUCUGGAGGAACUCGACGUCCUCGCGUCCCAGGCUUUGAGUCAGUGCCGGGCAGAGGCCCGAGACAUGUCUAGUGUUUAUAAGGUCUACAGAUUUGAUGAAAUGCCAAAAAGUCCAGCAGGGAAAAACAGAGAAAAUACUCCAGUUAACGAUAACUGUCAAUUUGAGGUACUUCAGACACAAUACAAAGAACUUGAAAAAAAGCUGAAGACAAUGGAAGAAGAAAUCCUCGUUAAGAAUGGAGAGAUUAAAAUUUUGCGGGACUCACUCUUUCAGACAGAAUUGGUCCUUGAAGAACAGAGAAGAGCACAAUUCCUUCUUGAGCAAGAGAAAAGCCAAGUACUUAGUGAAAAAGAAAAGGAAUUCUCCAAAAAGGUGAACGGGAGU